AGUGGAUGGAGUGGGGAUUCUCGAGCGGUGUGUACCUAAGGGAACUUCUACGUUGUACUUGCUGUUGACCGAGAGCUCCCUCCUCCACCUCUCUCUCUCUCUCUCUCUCUCUCUCCCUCUCUCUGCCUCCUCUCAAUCACCCAGUAUCCCCCAACAAUGAAGCCAUUCGAGGGCAAAAUAGAACGAGAACAAAUACCAAGAUGAUGCCCCGGCAGCCCUAUGCGCCGACGCCGCAUAGCUAUGUUCCCAACACGACAUUAUCCGCCACCAUCAACCUCGAUGAAGAAGUCAAGCUUGCAGAGACACGGGCGGAACGAGACCUCCAAGAUUCACUAGCCGAACUGUUUAGCAUCAUCGUCACCCUCGACGAGCUCGAAAAGGCGUUCCUUAAAGAUGCCAUCCCCGAAGCCGACUAUACGGAGAUUUGCGAACGAUCCUUGAAGCAAUACAAGUCCAUACUCACCGAUGAAACGGUGUCCAAGGCCUUCGGUAGCUUGGAACAGUUCAAGUCGGAAUGGGAUCUCGAAGUCCCCCGCGCAACAGAACGCAUCCGAGUCGGCAUGCCCGCCACAGCAGUCAUGACAACCCCUUCCGGAAAUCUCUCGGGCUCCUCGGCUACCCCCGGUGGGGGCGGGGGCGGAGGCGGCGGUGGCGGUGGCGGCACGACGACAAGCGGCACUUUGAUUCUCGAAGCGACGCAAGAGUUCAUCACCUUCCUCGAUGCCAUCAAGCUGGGAUUGCUCUCUAAAGACCAGUUGCACCCCCUCCUCACGGACGUGAUCCAGUCGGUCAACAAGGUGACGGACCGCGACUUUGCGAACCGUGGCAAGAUUGUCCAGUGGCUCAUCACGCUGAACCAGAUGAAGGCUACGGAUGAGUUGUCGGAGGAGCAGGCGCGCGAGCUGGACCUUGACAUUCAGCAGGCGUAUCAAGGGUUCAAGAGUACUUUGUCGUGAAUUGGAAUAUUGUGUAGUAAAAAUGUGCUAUGCUCUCUCUGCCUUAGACUAAAAAGGUCCAGAAACUGGGAUAGACAAACUCAUUCUCAAAUAUCCUCCUGACCUGCUCCAGCACGAACCUCUCCACCUUGCCCACGUUCUUCAGGCUCUGC